CCCAGUAAAAGAGAUACCCCAGAGAGAUGUUCCUGUCCUCUGUAUUCCCAGGAUUGUACAGAGGAGAAUCCCAGGAUCCCACAGGAGGAUCAGGAAGAACGUCUGUCUGAUAUUAAAAUAGACGAUACAGAGGGAGAAGAAGAGACGUAUGUGACUGAUAUAAAGGCAGAAGAUAUAGAGGCAGAAGAAGAGACGUAUGUGACUGAUAUAAAGGCAGAAGAUAUUGAGGGAGAAGAAGAGACAUGUGUGACUGAUAUAAAGGCAGAAGAUAUAGAGGGAGAAGAAGAGACGUAUGUGACUGAUAUAAAGGCAGAAGAUACAGAGGAAGAAGAAGAGACGUAUGUGACUGAUAUAAAGGCAGAAGAUAUAGAGGGAGAAGAAGAGAUGUAUGUGUCUGAUAUAAAGGCAGAAGAUAUAGAGGGAGAAGAAGAGACGUAUGUGACUGAUAUAAAGGCAGAAGAUAUAGAGGGAGAAGAAGAGACGUAUGUGACUGAUAUAAAGGCAGAAGAUAUAGAGGGAGAAGAAGAGACGUAUGUGACUGAUUUAAAGGCAGAAGAUCUAGAGGGAGAAGACGAGACGUAUGUGAGGGGUGAUCAGCAGUGUAAGGAGGAGGAGAUCCCUACAGAUAUCAGCACAGAUGGACACACAAGCAGAAAUAUCUCAGAAGGACAUCUAAUGUUAUCCCCGGAUUGUGACAUAAAAGAUAAUGACAGCAGACAGGAUUCUCCAGGAGAUAAUCCCAUUACCCCAAUUAUACAUCCAGCUCUAUCAGCUGAUCCCUCUGAUCCUGGGAAAUGUUCUCCUGAUCACUCUGAUAUUGGUGCAUCUGUUCCAGCUCUGAGAGUAGAUACAGUGUUUCCCUGUUCUAUAGAUGCCAAAUGUUUUACACAGAACACAAAGCCUAUUAACCCACACACAGGUAAGGCAGGUGAAAUGCCACUGAUAUGUUCUGAGUGUGGGAAAUGUUUUACACAGAAAUCACAACUUGUUAGACAUCAGAGAAGUCACACAGGUGAGAAGGGAUUUCCAUGUUCUGAGUGUGGGAAAUGUUUUGCACACAAAUCAGAUCUUGUUAGACAUAACAGAAGUCACACAGGUGAGAAGCCAUUUUCUUGCUCUGAGUGUGGAAAAUAUUUUGCACACAAAUCACAUCUUGUUAUACAUAACAGAAGACACACAGGUGAGAAGCCAUUUUCUUGCUCAGUGUGGGAAAUGUUUUGCACUGAAAUCAGAUCUUGUUAGACAUCACAGAAGUCACACAGGUGAGAAGCCAUUUCCAUGUUCUGAGUGUGGGAAAUGUUUUACACAGAAAUCACAACUUGUUACACAU